GGGGGCGGCUCGACCGGGCCUCGUACCGGGACCCGCGGGGGAAACCCCGUUCCGCCGUCUCCGUGGGCCGCAGCCUCCUGGUUGCCGUUCCCCUCACCGCCCAGGACGGGCCCGGUGUUGGCGGAGCGCUCUCCGCCGUGUCCCGGUUGGAGAGCGGUCCCGGGCUGGCCUCGCUCCGCGGCUCCCCCAGGGUGCUGGGACGGGGAGGCCUUGGGUGGGCACCCCCGGGGCUGGGGGAAGCUUUCUCUAACCGGGGACAGAGCACCGGGGGGGUGACCGGGGUGUAGCAGUCCGGCGGGCAGCCCCUCACCGGUGCCCCAGCCUUUCUGAGCCACGGGGACCCGUGCGGUUCCUUUCGGAGAGGCCAAGCAUCACCUCGCUGGCUGUGUUUACCGGAAUGCUGCUAAAAAACGGUGAGAUCCGGGAGGUGAGAGCCCCUGCCCAGUGCUGGCGCCCAGCCAGAGCCGAGGCAGUGCCCAGCUCUUUGCACCCACCCUCUCUGGGGACUGUUGGGAAGCUUCCCCCAGACCAUCAGUGACCUCCACGCCUGCACGGUGGCAGGGACUGAGCUUCUCGUUUGCCACUAUUCCUAAUUUUUCCCUCUUACACUCCGCAAACCUGAUUAAUAACAAAAAACCCCAAAACAUAAGUUUAUUUCUGUUUGCAGAGUGAUGAAGUUACGUACGUAGGUAGUAAGGGAGGUAAUUUCCCGGCUUUUAGGUGGCUGUUACUCGGACGGGUUUGGCUGGAUCCUGGGCAAAGAGAUUUGGUAACGCUGAGCCUUACCUCGUCAUUCUGUGUUACGUGCAGAGGCUGACACAACGCUCCCAGAGCGAGAUCGUUGGGAUGUUUCACCCAGGUGAAAGGUAGAAGAGCCACAAGCAAUUGGGACGCCGACGAAAUCCCCAUCAGCUGUUUGAGUCUGCAGCUCCUCUGGGAGGAUGGACACCCUGAGGAACCGGACGGUGGAGGAGCUCCAGGAGCUGCAGGAAAAUGCAGAGGAGAUCGAGCGCCUGGCCCUGGAGUCCCAGGAGGUUCAGGAGCUGCAGCUGGAAAGGGAGAUGGCCCUUGCCGCCAACCGGAGCUUGGCUGAGCAGAACCUGAAGUUCCAGGCGCCGCUGGAGACGGGGCGCACCGACCUCUUUAACAAAUACGAAGAGCUGCAGAAGCUGGCUGAGCGGUGUAAAGAGCAAAAGGCAAAACUGGAGAAAUUUUCAGCAGCAAUGCAUCCUCAGACCUUGCUGGAUCUCCUGCAGGUGGAAAGCCAGAAAAUUGAAGAGGAGUCUGAGAAAAUGGCCGAGAAGUUCUUGGAGGGUGAGGUGCCCCUGGAGACAUUUCUCGAGCAGUUUUCCGUGAUGAGGAAGUUGUCCCACUUGCGCCGGGUCAGAGUUGAAAAGCUACAGGAGAUACUGAGGAAGUCAGAAGCGUCGCAGGAGCCCGGCAGGGACUCUCAGCAGCCGCCACCGCCUCCUCACGUACCUGGGCCCACAGACCCGCCGAAGCCACAGCCUUUCCCUUCAGGGGCUCCUUCCUUCCCUUUGCCCUACAGCCCGGCCCCAAGCAUGCCGGUCGGCCCCACAGCCCACGGAGAUCUCCCUCCUGCUCCUUUCUCUGGCUCCCCGGUCACCGUGGGACACGUUGCUUCCUCUCAGCCGAGCACCCAGCCCAUGUUUCCCUAUAAGCCUCCUUCAGGUCCCGGAUACCCGCCGGCGCAGGCUGCUGACUCCGUGCCGGGGUAUCCCAACCCUCCCUCGGGAGGCUCGUCUCCAGCUCCGGGCUAUUCCUGGUCUCCGUCCAGGGGCCCACCUCAGCCCCCACCGUUUCCUGGCUCUCACCCCUCUCCUCCGCCACCCAGACCCGGGUACCCUGCCUACUUUCCCCCUGGGGCAGGGAGACCGCAGUGUCCCUACCCGACCCAGUCCCCUCUCCCUAGUUUCCCAAUCCCCGCACAGCCUCCCUAUCCUCCUGGACUGCCCCCGCCCUUUGGGUACCCCCCGCCUCCAAACCCUCAGCGCCCUGCUUGGCCUGGCUACUAAAUCAGGACUGCUGGGAGAGCGUCCUUUGCUGCUCCCUCCUCUUUUUGUGGACUGAGGAAGAAGAGCAAGCCGAGAACAUUGCUCUUCGACCCAUAGGUGCAAAAGCAUUACGCAGGGUAAGAGACAGUAGCGGCUCCGGGCGUCAGGCGGGCUGGCGCUGUCCCCGCGGGCUGCAACUCUUUAAGUUGGGUUUGUGACGAUCGCUGGUGCGCUGACGUGUUCACUUCCAAAUCGGCUCAUCCAGGCUCCGGUGUGAAAGCCAGGUAGUCAUCUGGGUACUCGGCUGGGGUACGCGGGAACGAUGUGCACUGAUUGCAGCCGCUGAGAGCCGAACCCCCUCAUCUGCGUGUGCGGGAGCGUGCGUGGGUGAGUGAGAGAGACCGCUCCGUGUGUGCCUGUCCUUUGCUAUGUGGGUAACAGAUGUAGUAUCAUAAUUCUAAGCCUUUUCACAGUUGUUCAAAAGACACGGUGGGAAUCUCUGACAGUAUUUCUGACACAAAAUACUCACUGCUUUCCAAGGACCUUCCUGGAAGCGGGAGGCAGAGCCCGCCCGGCUUGCAGGCGAUUUGUAACUGCUUGUAGCAGGGAGAAGCAGCUAGCUCACCCCUUGGGCGGGCCAGGCCUUGAGAUCCGUGUCUGUCUUUACCGCUGCUGCUUUUGUCCAGCACAGGAGCCUUUCCCAGGCUUGGCCGGCUGUGCGCUGUCUCGCCAAGGGCACGAAGGCUCUGGUAGCUCCCCAGAGUUCAAUGCAUGGAUAUUAUCUGUGCUUUUGAAGUAAACUGGGCCGGCACGAUGUCUCAGGCUGCUGCUGCUUUGGGGGCACGUGCCUCAGGUCACAGGGAGGAGCGGGAGUCGGUGCCUCCUGCCCAGCUUUGUGAAACGCUGGGGCUCGGCAGCCUCCUCCUGUAUCCCCAGCCUCUCCUGCGGUGCCCAGGAGAACGGGGCGGUUAUUCGGGGUGCUACAGUCUCCAGCCUUCCUCACAUCCCCCUUCUCACAAAACACUAGGUAACGGAUGGAGCCACGAGUUAACAUUAAUGGAAAUGGGAUUUGCUUUGCUCAGCACUUUAUCCUACGAAUCCUGCCUGUAUCCCUGUAAGUUAUUUAUAAGGAAAGAUUACUAAUGGACUAGAACAAGGCAAAUGCUUGUGGGGUUUGAUGGAAACAAUUCCAUGUCUGUGGUUAAUUACAGUAAUAAAACUUGAUGAAUUGCA